AUGGUAGGGGCAAACGCUUCAUCGAUAUCCACUCAAUAUUACAAAUUGGCUCAUUUGGGGUCCAUAAGUUAUACCAUUUAUACAUCGUCAGAUAAUAAUGAUCAAGCAUUACUAGAGUUGGAAUUGACAAUCAGACACAAAUGGCCACAAAUCCUAGUGACUUAUUAUAACAAAAGUUUGUAUUAUUUUGUGUUUGGUCACAACAAGGUCGAUUCAGAAACGAUUGACUUGACUAAAGAAUUCCCACAACUAUCUACCAAAUAUACCGAUACUGUGAACGUUGAUCAGUUCCCCAACCCUCACAAAAGCACCAAAAAUGACGAUAACUUGGCGUGGGCUAGCUUGAGUUUUUUGAAAGCGACGAAAAAGAUGAUAUUAUACAACUUGUCCUUAAGUGGCGCAAUAAAACUAUUUGGCAAUUACUGUGUCGCACCCACCGGUGAUUCUGUGUAUUCUAUUCUUUGUAUUGAUCCAAUAUUAUUCCAAAAUGGUGAUUUGGUGGUUUCUUGUGUUGAAAAACCUUUCACACAAUUAUUCAGCUCAUCCGUUGCAUACCCAAGAAACCUUGCAAUUGACACUAACUUUGUCAUUUAUUUGAUUCCCAGUGGUAUUAGAUGUCACUUAUUUGAUCCAACAAGUUUGAGAAAUAAUUUGAUUGAGAAGCCACAAAUCGAAAACGGUAAGCUAUUAGAGUUAUUGAAAAUAACGACAGGUGUUCAGUGUGAUGAGUCUACUUUAUGGGUAAAACUUAUACCGAACCUCAAACAUUUGAACAACCAAACAUCGGCAAUUGGAAAAUUUAUUCAUUCCGUGGAAAAUAAGAAAUUCAUUUUGUGGCCAUGGGAUUUGUGUUUGCUACAGUUUGGAAAGUUUGAACCCGCCAUAGAGGAGGAGGGAUUGCUUGAAUCGUCAGAAUUAAAUAAUCCACUACACUUGAUUUCCGACUUUCUUGACUUCCGCAUAGCACAUAAUACUCAAUUGCAACAACAGAGAGAUAGUUUGCUGGAUCAGCAACAAGGAGAAACAGUUAACGUGCCCUUAAGUGCUGGUAGUGUACACGCUACUGGUGCAAAUUCUUUUGGAAAUGUCCCUGAUAUCUCAAAAGAUGUAGACACCGUCGGUUUGAGCACGACAACUCCUAUAGAAACGGAUUUAUUCAAUUUGCAAAACACAGAAGAGUUUUUCAAAAACGAUAGUAUUCAUAUGAAUCUUGAAGACCAAAUUCAUAAAAAGGAAACUGAACCUGAAAAUGAAAGUGAAAAUGAUAUGGAAAUUGACGAUCUAUUUGGUGGCGAUGAGAGUGAUGAUAACGAUGAUUUGGAAGAGGCUGGCAACGAAGAAGAAAAACCCACACCUUCAAACAAUACUAUUGACAAAAAUGGCGUAAUUGGUAAUGCCUUGGAAGAGGCAUUUAUUGCCGAUGCAACACCAUCUAAGGAAAAUAUAAAUCUCGAUUCUAAAAUAAUGCCACCUGAUUCAACCAGCGAAGAAGCAGUCCCUGAUAAAGAGAAUUUUAAACCCAAAGAGACAAAACCAUCAUACAUUGACAUUUUGAAAGAUAAAAUGACUAUUGAAAAGAUUGUUAACAGCCCGGAUUAUAAAGAUCCUGGUGCCCCUCUUCCCGUUGUCCCGACUCCACUAGUUCUGUCUACCGUUUCACAAUCAGCUGUGACAACGAAUCCACCUUCAGUAGGAUCAGCGCCAGGACCAGCGCCAGGACCAGCGCCAGGAACUGAGACAUUAUACGAAGCAAACAAUGCAUAUGCACAGUCUUCACAGAUUCUGCAAUUACCCCAACAAAAGUCUGCUUUUUCUCCAAUUUUAUUUAAUCCUAUUAUAAAAAGUGAUAUAGACACCAAGUACGGAAAAGGAGGUAAAUUUUAUGUUGCAAAAGACAGUUCCACUAAUGGAAACCUUGACAUGAAGAAUAGAUCACUCAGAGCAACUAGUGUAAGUGGUAUGGAAAUUCCAUUCUCUAGUGAGGACAAAAAACGGCUACAACAAAAUUUAGAAGUACUCGACUCUUCUACUACAAGUGAUAAUGAGGGAGGAGAAGAUAUAGAAGAUGACGAUAAUGACUACGAAGAUGAAGGCGAUGACGACGAAGAAGAAGAAGGGGAGGAAGAAGAAGAAGAAGAAAGUGAUGAGGAUGAAAUAUCAGAUAUUGGUAAAUCUACGCCUUUGAAACUUAACACUCAAAACGAGUCAGUGCCACCCCAACAAAGUAAUUAUAAUCCUGUCAAUAUCACUGAUCUGGGAUCCAAUACCACCAAUAACAUUACUGAUAAACAGGGUUAUGAAAAUACAGAAGGGUUUGGCACGCCUUUCCCCAAUCAAAUAUCCAAAUAUUCUAUAAAGCCUGAAUCACCAUUCGCUAGUAAUGAAUUGCAAAGUUCAGUUUCGCCCAUGUAUUUUGACACAUCACAGAGUCACCAAUCACCUCAAUUGCAACCAUCCACUGGUACUUUAGAAGUUUUGAAAGCCAGCUCCUUAGAGUCUCCGUCUAAAAUCAGUGAAUCCUCAAAUUAUUUGCCGCUAAUAUUAAGGAGCAUUAAUGUCUCCACUAUUCCAAGUCUGUAUUUGAUGAACAAUUUAAUAAGCAGUAAGUUGUUGCCUUCGUUUACCAUAAGUGAUGAUGACUUGGAAAAUGAUCUAGAUAUAACUAAAAGCAAUGAAAUGAUUGUCAAGUUGGGAUUUUUGAAGGAAUUUCUUGAUUUCAUGUCUCCAAAUAUUAUUUUUGAUUUAGGCUUGAUGAAAAACGACGAAUCCGAUUAUUAUAUAAAUGGCGUGAAUGACUUGUUGUUGAAUCUGGACCCAGGUAUAUCGUCUGAUUGGAUUUUGAAUAGUUUGUCAAAAGUUUUUCCUUGCACUUAUCCAAUGAAAUUAAUCGAGCUUCUUUAUGAUUUUAAAAGUUUAGAAUUGGAAGAUCAACUAGAUAGUCAAUUGAAUUUUUUGAAUGAAAUUGCCGACGAAGAAGACUUUGUUGGACCAAAAGCAUUAUACCGAAAAUUAAAGGCGUUGGAAUGGGAUUCGUUUUCUUUGAAUGAACUGAACAAAACCAGUUUUGAGAAGUAUAAAAAUGUGAUGGAAAAAUUAAGUGCUGAAAACACGGUCAGUGAUGAUGACUAUUUCAAGUUACCAAUGGUGAAAACUAGAAUAUUGAAAAAUGGCAAUAUUGUGAACUUGAACAAUAUUGGUUUGAAAUUUUGGAAAUAUUUAAACUUUAGUCCUGUGAAAAAACAGAAAGACUUUCAAAUAUUGUUGAUUGCUGAAACUCAUCGUAACACAGCUUCUUAUGCAACUGAGUUUUUAGACCAAAUCAUUCAAAACUAUAAGGAAUGCAAUUUUGGAACAAUUUCGAAAGUGAAUUUAUCAACAGUAGAGACUCGUUCUGAUUUGGAGCCAAUUUCGGAUGGAUUGGUUCUAGUCCACAAAGAGCAUGAUCAACUGUACAAUGAUUUUUAUAUACAGACAAACAAGAAGUUGAUUUCACUAGUUGAAUUGAUAAAAUUGGAUUUGAUUAAUAAAACAAACAAUUUUGAAUUUGGUAAACCAUUGCUAUUGUUUUUCAUUGAUUUCAACGACAGUUCAAAUUCAAACGUGCAAGUGUGCAAAAUCUUUAGAAAUUUCAAGGUGGCAUUAACAACGCAUCAAUUGCCAUUGGUGGAUAUAUUUACUAAAAUUGUACCAUCAUCUCUUUUAGUUAAGAAGGUGCAUCAUGAAACUGCUUUGAAAGUGUUUAGCAAUUACAAACUAACAAAGAUUUCUAUGAAUUUAUACAACGAAUGCCCUAAUGAUUUAGCUAACAAGUCCAUUGUUAAGAAUUUGUUCACUACAAUUGUGAAAGAUCCUCCUUCCAAAAUACAGUUUAAAUUCAUGAAUAGCAGCUAUAGAGACAAUAGUUCAAAUGAUGACAUUUUUCUUCACCUAGCUUAUGAAAGAUCGAUCGAUAACAGUUGGUUCGUGGCAUCUUGGUCGGAUCCAUUGGGUCGGGUAGUUCAUGUCAAAUCGUGGUACUGUUCUGAUUCUGUCUCCAAAUCUGAGAAAUCAACAUACAGAGGUGACAUAAUGGAUAUUAUGAGUAUUACAGACGAUAUAUGGAGCAUAUCCACAGAUUUAUUUAAAGUUUUAAACGACGAACUAGGUUCAUUUGGAGGGAAGAAAUUUUUGGUUUUGACCAGGAUCAAUAGCAUCAUACCCGAUGUGGAAUUAGUUCAUUGGAAACGAUUGAGUCUGAAGCAUAAAGAAAUAUCACUUAUAGUUGUAUCUGUGCGUCAGACUCCCAGAAUAGUGGGUUCUAAUGAGUCUGAAGACUUAGGGCCAAAAAGCAAUGAUUAUGCUCCCACACCAAUGAUACAAGACAAGGAUAUCUUUUUCGGGUUUAAGCAAACAUUUUCUACAUCUAAUACUUCAUCGCCAAGUGCGUCAGGAGGGGCUCUUGUCACAUCCCCCAACAGUUUGAGUUUGCACUCCCCACAACAAUUUCUCAAUGCACCAGCAAACUUUUUAUCUCCUCAAGAUCUCAUAGCUCCAACCUCACUGGGCAUUUCUGGCGCCAAACCAGGCAGCAGUGGUAUUGACCCUGAGGUGGUAUUAGAGAAUCAAGAUAACGAAGUAUAUGGUGUGAUACCUAAAGUGCCACUCCCUUCAUUUAAUUCACCCACAAGAUUUUGUAUGAAAACAGGAUACUUGAUGAUGCAAGUUAAUCAGCCGUCAGAAGAGGAGUAUAAGGAUGACAUUAAGAAAACUUAUCUAGUAUACGAAAUCAAUCUUUUAAGUUGCUCAAACUAUUGGAAUUUGGAUGUUUUGAUGAAAUUGAUAAUGCUGCAGUACAAACAAAUGAUUGCAUUGAACGACAUACUCUGUAUGAAUCCUAUUGUUGGAGAACUGGACAUUUUGGGAACUCAUUCUAGAAAUAAUGCCAUAGUUCCGUGGCAUAUAAAUGCUGUAGGGAAAUUAUUGGAUUAUUUAGUGCACAUAUAUGUAGAUAAAGAUUGA